AUGAGGGACAUGCCGCUGGACCACGGCUCGCUGCAGCACCUGCUGCCGUCGCACUGGAAGACCCAGAUCACCGCCUGGCUGGCCGAGGACACGCCCUCGUUCGACUACGGCGGCUUCGUCGUCGGCGAUGCCCCGCGCACCGCCACCCUCUGGGCCAAGUCCGGCGGCAUCCUGGCCGGCGUGCCCUUCUUCGACGAGGUCUUUGCCCAGACCGGCUGCUCCGUCCAGUGGCACGCCAGCGAGGGCCAGCACAUCGAGCGCAACAGGGACGGCGGCGGCAUCAAGAUGAAGGUCGCCACCGUCACCGGCCCCGCCAGGGGCAUCCUGCUGGGCGAGCGCGUCGCCCUCAACAUCCUCGCCCGCUGCAGCGGCGUCGCCAGCAUGGCCCGCGGCUUCCUCGUCAACCUCAGGUCCGCCGGCUACCGCGGCGCCCUGGCCGGCACCCGCAAGACCACCCCCGGCUUCCGCCUGGUCGAGAAGUACGCCAUGCUCGUCGGCGGCGCAGACGGCCACCGCAUGGACCUGAGCUCCAUGAUCAUGCUCAAGGACAACCACGUCUGGAGCAGGGGCAGCAUCAAGGACGCCGUCGCCGCCGCAAAGGCCGCCGGCGGCUUCUCCCUCAAGGUCGAGGUCGAGGUCCAGAGCGAGGCCGAGGCCGACGAGGCCAUCGACGCCGGCGCAGACGUCGUCAUGCUCGACAACUUCUCCGGCGAGGGCGUCAAGGUCGCCGCCAGGAGCCUGAAGCAGCGCUGGGCCGGCAAGAGGCACUUCUUGGUCGAGGUCUCGGGUGGCCUGACAUUGGACAACGCCGAGGAGUACGUGUCAAAUGAUGUCGAUAUCUUGUCAACCAGCGCCAUCCACCAGGGUGUCCCCCAUGUUGACUUCUCCCUCAAAAUCAACCACUGA